UUACCUUGUUGACACAUCUCGGAGCCUAUUGUCCACUGAAGUCCAGUCUGUCCAGACAGCUCGGGAUUGAAGUCAAAACCAAAUUCCAAGCUCAUUUCCCACUACUCCAAACCUUCUCCACCAAUUCUCCUUUUGCUUCACAUCUGAGCCUUCUGUUUGUUUACAUCUCUACUUACUAGGGAAGCCCACAACUCAUGGGUAAAGGAGGUGGCUGUGUGCCCAGCAAGAAUAGGCCACCGGCAGGCGUUGCCGGCGCUGAUCUUCCGAACCCAAAAAGCGAUGAUCUUGUUUCAGACCAAAACCAAACCCAAACCACAGAAACAACAAACCCAAUUAAGGAUGAAGGGGUUGCAGAGAAAAAGCAACAGAGGAAGAAGCUGAGGGUUUUCAUAGUGUUUUACUCAAUGUAUGGGCAUGUGGAGCUGUUGGCCAGAGAGAUUAAGAAAGGGGUUGAUUCCACUGAUGGGGUUGAAGGGGUUCUGUACCGGGUUCCGGAAACGCUGUCGUCUGAGGUGUUGGAGCAGAUGAAAGUGCCCAAGAAGGAUGAUCAUGGGGUGCCUGUGAUAGUGCCUGAGAGACUGGUGGAGGCUGAUGGGGUGUUGUUCGGGUUUCCUACCCGGUAUGGGUCAAUGGCUGCUCAGAUGAAGGCGUUUUUCGACUCCACGGGGGAGCUUUGGAGGGAGCAGAAGCUUGCAGGGGUGCCUGCUGGGUUCUUUGUGAGUACUGGCACACAGGGUGGUGGACAGGAGACUAAUGCUUGGACAGCCAUUACUCAGUUAGCACACCAUGGAAUGAUAUAUGUUCCAAUUGGCUACACCUUUGGUGCUGGAAUGUUCCAAAUGGACUCCCUUAGAGGAGGGUCUCCAUAUGGUUCUGGGGUUCUUUCUGGAGAUGGCACAAGGGCACCAACUGAGACAGAGCUCGCUCUUGCAGAGCAUCACGGAAAGUACAUGGCUACUAUUGUCAAGAAGCUUGUACAUUGACUGGAGGAGUCUGGACAAAUCUACAUUCUUUUGCACUUCCAUACAAUUUUCUUGGUGUUUCUACUCUGUUUUGUGAUGUUCUUCAGAUGUCAUAUGUUAAUAGAUUUUUCCAGCAAAAUCACAAAAUGUCAAUAGAUUUUAGAUAGUUUAGUCAUUCCAUUUUUUUUUUUCAGAAAUUGUAAACAAGUGUCUCAUGAUCAUCAGUUUUGAACUUUUGACGAUUGCUCAGUCAAACUGUUCAUAUAUGGUCUUUUCUGUCUGAUUGAAACAUUAUUGUCAUCAAUAAAGUUGUGGAUCAUGUUCAUUUCUGCA